CCAGGUUCUACAGCUGAGUAUCAGACACACCCUGACCUCUGACCUCUGACCCCUUAACUCUGACCCCUGAAGGAGCCAUGAACCGUCUCCACAACUCUCUGGGUCCCCCUGAAUCCAUCAGUCCGUCUGCAUCUCCGUCUUCUCGCCGUGGCCACAGUGAAGAAGAAGAGGAGGAGGAUCUGAAUAAAGCGUUCGAUGUUCAGGGUUUUCAGCAGAUCCUUCGCCCUGCAGCUCGCAGCCCGCCUGAGAAACUCCGAGUCUACGACGAGCAGGACUUUGAAGAUCACCGUCACUUUUCCCUCCAAGUCCAUCACCCUCUGUCCAAACCCCCCGCUGACAGCCGGAGGAAGAGGACCAAUGAGGGGAGGAAGGAGGGGAGGCGAGGCUCCGCCCCCAAUGCUGCCGCCACCAUAGAAGAAGGCCAGGAGGACGAGGACGGCGAGGAAGAGGUCUUCAGUCUGAAUGAAACAGAGGAGCAGCACCAAACGCCCACCAGUGACCCGCCCAUCGCCUCGUCCAAUCACAGCGCUCUCUCACCUGGCUGCGUCGCGACGACCGUUGCUGCUGAUGACCCCGACGAGGCAGAGACGCUGAUGUCUGUCGACCUGGACGGCAUCAAGAGUCACCGAUUGGACGACGUCCCGGCUGUGCGGCGUCACCUGGUAAGGCGCAGCUCCAGAGGGCCGAUCGUCCACGCCACCAAAGAUCCAAUCAGCAGCCGGACGCCGUCACACGCCCAACCGGACCGCACGCCUCACGAGGUGUUUGUGGAGCUGAACGAGCUGGUGAUCGACCGGAACCAGGAGCUGCAGUGGAGAGAGACGGCUCGAUGGAUCAAGUUUGAGGAGGAGGUGGAGGAAGAGACGGAGCGCUGGGGAAAACCUCACGUCGCCUCGCUGUCUUUCCGCUCGCUGCUGGAACUCCGAAAAACCAUCUCGCACGGUGCGGUGCUGCUGGACCUGAAGCAGAAGACGCUGCCCGGGAUCGCCCAGCAGGUGGUGGAGCAGAUGGUGAUCUCAGAUCAGAUCACAGCUGAAGACCGAAACAACGUCUUCAGAGCUCUGCUGCUCAGACACAGUCACCCCAGUGAUGAGAAAGAUCACAGCUGGUUCAGUAAGAACAUCUCUGCAGCCAACAUCGCCUCCCUGAUGGACAGACACAGCGGCCAAUCAGAGCCCUCCGUCACUCUACCCAAUCACAGAGAGGCUGACGGAGAGAACAACCAGGUGAUGGUGCGCCCGUCGGGCCCUCAUAAGUCGGGCGCGGUGCCAGGUGGAACUAGUCGUCUCUCCGCUCUGUCCGCAUUAACGCGUGCUCAGUCCGGCGUUGUCGCUCUCGCUCCCACCCUGUCCCGGCGCGCGGGUGACCGGGGCCGCCACGCUCUCCGGGGGCGCCGGACCGCAUAUGAUAGCAUCAAUAAGUACGUGGAGGAGAAGACCAACGGGAAGAUUGACAAGCUGGUAGAAAGCCUGGCUCCGUCUACAGUCAUGUAUCUGCUCAGCUACAUCUACUACAAAGGAAAGUGGGCGACUCCGUUUGACCCUGAACUCACCAAGCAGGACGACUUCAACGUGGACGACAACACCAAGGUUCCAGCUGUCAUGAUGAAUAUGAAGGAUCAUUUCCACGUCCAUCAGGACGGCGAGCUGAAGACGACGGUCCUCCAGCUCGCCUUCAACAGCUCCUACUCCAUGCUGCUGAUGUUACCUGACUUCAUGGCAACGCUGGAGAACGCCAUCUGCCCGCACCGCGUCACCAGAUGGUUGAAGGCUACGAGACCCAGGAAAUAUGAUGUAUAUAUUCCAAAGUUCUCCAUCAAGACUUCCUACAACCUGAACGAUGUGCUGUCACAAAUGGGAAUGACGGACAUGUUUGGUGGUCGUGCAAAUUUGAGAGGGAUUUCAGAGGAGCAAAGUCUGCUAGUCUCAGAUGUCGUGCACAAAGCUACGCUGGACGUGGACGAGGCCGGAGCCGAGGCUUCAGCGGCCACGGGCGUCCUCAUCGGACUGACUGGCGUCCUGAACCCGGUCCCCGUCCCUGUGUUGAAGUUCAACCGUCCAUUCAUGGUCAUCAUCACUGAACGUACCACGGAGAAAAUCCUCUUCCUGGGCAAGAUUAUCAACCCAACCAUCUGAUGGAUCAUCUCUUUGUGUCUGCUCCAGCAGCUGCUGCAUCUCAAAUAAAGAGUCAGAAAAA